AUGGGUGAGGAAGGCGAGAACCAAGAAGCUGGUGCUGAUAACAAGCAUCGUCCCAGCAGAGAAAGAAAAUCUUCUGAUACUAACGGCGGAGAACGAAAGAGACGAUCCAGCAAGCAUCGAUCAUCUUCUCGAGACUCGCAUGAUGAUAUCCUGGAUAGCUCGGAACGUAAAUCUUCGCGAUCGAAACCUGAACGAAGACGAUCCAAAGAUGAUGACGGCCUUGGUGGUGGUGGUGGUGGCUCCUCAGGAAAACGAUCUUCGGACCGUCCUUCUCGACGCAAGUCCAAAGACUCUCACGAUGAUGAUGAGCCAGGUGGACGAUCAUCUGACCGUCCUUCCCGAAGAAAAUCAAGAGACUCUCACGACGAUGAGCUUGGUGGAUCUUCAAGAGGAGCAAAGCCUUCUCGAAGAAAGUCCAGAGACUCUCACGAUGAUGAGGAAUUAGGUGGAAAACGUUCCUUUCAUCGCCCUUCCCGAAAAAAGUCCACAGACGAUAAGGAAUCUGCGUUUACAGAGGAUCAAAAGGCCAAGUCAAGAGCUAGAAGGAGCCCCACUCGAGGAACUGUAGCCCCUGGUGCCUUUGUGGAGACCACUGGAGACAGCCGAGCGGUUCGACGCAAAGACCGAGAAUCCACCGACAAGGAAGCCAAAGACCGAGCUCGAAGACAGACUGGAGAAGUCACCAAGCCUGCUUCUUCUAGAGAAGCUAGAGAACAAAAAACCAAGGACCAGGCCCGACGAGCUCGAGGAUCUGCGGAUGCUGUACGACCUGGUGCUUCCAGUGAGGUUCGGGGACCCCGGCAAGCAAAAUCUUCAAAUGUCCGAGAGUUCACGCUUGAGUCGAACAGUCAAGCUUCCAAUGAAGAACAUAAAGCUCCAAAUGUGGAUGGCGAAUUCGAGAUCAAGGCGAUUGCUGUGGAAGAGGUUGAAAACGAACAAUUGAAGAAGCAGCAAAGUGAAAUUGAAAACCUUAAAAGGACCUUGACUACGAUUACAACAAACCAAAACGAGACACCGGAAGAAUCCCCUCCCCCGUCAGAAGAGAAGAAAUCUUCUGGGCGCAAAAAGUGCAUCUAUUUCAUCAUCGCUUUGGUUCUAAUUGGUGGAGGAGUUGCUGCCUAUCUCUUGACUCGUGGUACAGAUGUGGUGGAGGAGUCUGCUGCUGAGGCAGAGACCACUCCCACAGUGCCUCCGACAGCAGCAGCUAUCCAGCAGCUAGAUCCAACAUCUGCUCCUACUGCUCCGCCUACCAAAUUUCAGCUCUACGAGGAGCCCUCUUCAGAAGACUGUGCUGCCAUUGCCACUGGCAACAAGCUUGACGACCAAGAUUUGAUCGAAGCAAGCAGUUUUGUCUUGGAACUCGAUGCCACCCUAAAGUCGGAUCUAUUUGCGGACGAUACAACCUAUUUGCCUGCGUUGAAGGAUGCCCUGCAAGCCAUUUGGAUGCCUGAAGUUGCUGGCUGUACUGUGGCAACUCGCCGAAACCUACGUCGCAAACUUCAAGUGGCAGACUACGUGGUGGCAAAUGGAUUGGUCUUGCAGACCAUUACUCCGUCGGGGAGUAGCUGUCAAGACAGUGCUGCUGCAUUGUGCUCUCGUGUCGUCGUCACAUUGGACUUGUGGCUUCGUGAGGACGUCAAGGGAUUCGCGUUGCUGGGUCAUUUGGCGGCCGUCCUUGGAGACGAACCGGUCGAACGGCUGAAUUUGCAGACUAUUUUUGAGUCCAUUUCCAUCGUCAAUGGAUAUUCUUCCGGGACUACACAGCAGCCAACAGUAGCGCCAACUGAUCUUCCAACUAAAAAUCUAACACCAGCGCCUACAGUGGCUGCGGGAGUGCCAACAGCUACUCCCUCUUUCAGUCCUUCGUUUGCUCCAGUGGUGGGACCAACUACCGAAGCGCCUACAAAGAAGCCAACACAAGCCCCUACAACUGCGCCUGUAACUGUUCCUACCAUUGCUCUUACAAUUGCUCCUACCAUUGCACCGACCACACUCGCUCCGACGGGAGCUCCAGUCGUAGGACCCACGCCUCCUCCAACAAAAUUUCCGACUGGAGCCCCGACACUCGCUCCAACCCCCAAGCCCUCUCAGGCACCAACAGAUGAGCCGUCUCUGCCGCCUUCCAGUCAACCUUCGGUGGAACCAUCUUCAUCACCUACCAAGUCCAAGUGCUUUCAAGCCGAUUCUGAUCUAACGGAUGCAGUCCGCAACUGGUUUGCGUCGUCGUCUGUCAAGGAUUUGGUCGUGGCUCGAUACGGAGAGAUCAGCGACUGGUGUUUUGGUUCCGGAGUGACUAGCAUGCAAGAUCUAUUCAUCCAUCGCAUUGACUUCAAUGAAGAUAUUUCGAAUUGGGACGUGUCUUCCAUCACGACCAUAGAAGGCAUGUUUCACAAUGCAUCUUCGUUCAACCAAGACUUGUCAUCUUGGGACGUUUCGUCGGUCACAAACAUGCAUGGAGUGUUCCAUUAUGCAUCAUCCUUCAAUCAAGACUUGUCAUCAUGGGACACGUCCUCUGUAACUACCAUGUGGGAAAUGUUCAACGAAGCAACAUCUUUCAAUGGAGACAUUUCAACAUGGGACGUGUCGUCUGUAACAUCAAUGGCCCAGAUGUUCCGCCUUGCGUCAUCCUUCAAUCAAGACAUAUCAUCUUGGGAUGUUUCAGCCGUCACCAGUAUGUAUAUGAUGUUCCUCGGAGUACCAGCAUUCAAUCAAGACCUAUCAUCAUGGGAUGUUUCUUCGGUGGAGUCGUUUGAAUUCAUGUUUCAUCAAUGCAGAUCGUUCAACUCGGACUUAUCAUCGUGGACUGUUUCUUCUGCCAAAGGUAUGGUUUGGAUGUUUCACGAUGCAAGAAUUUUCAAUCAAGACAUUGGCUCCUGGGAUGUGUCUUCCGUUACAACUAUGCAGGGCAUGUUCGGAAAUACAGAUGCCUUCAACCAGGAUUUGGCAUCGUGGCAAGUUUCGGCUGUAACUGACAUGAAUUACAUGUUUGGCAAUGCAAUUGCCUUCAAUGGAGACAUAUCAUCUUGGGAUUUGUCAUCUGUCAUUGAUAUGAGAAACAUGUUCGACGGGGCAUUAAGCUUCAAUCAGCCCUUGGCACCUUGGAGAUUUCCACUUGUUACUGACUUGACUGCCGUGUUCCAGAAGGCAUCAUCCUUCAAUCAAGACUUAUCAUCAUGGGAUGUGUCGUCUGUGACUUCUAUGUAUGGAAUGUUCAACGAAGCAUCAGCUUUCAAUGGAGACAUAUCAGUAUGGGAUGUUUCAUCUGUAACUCAAAUGAGGGAGAUGUUCCGGCUCGCAUUUGCCUUCAAUCAAGACAUAUCAGGGUGGGAUGUUUCAUCUGUGACCAACAUGUACAUGAUGUUCCUUGACGCAAUAUCUUUCAAUCAAGAUCUACCAUUGUGGGAUGUGUCUUCAGUCAACUCUUUUGAAUUCAUGUUCAGCGGAGCAGCAUCCUUCAAUGGAGAUGUAACAACAUGGGAUGUUUCGUCUGCAACAUCAACCCUUUGGAUGUUCUUCAAUGCAGGUGCUUUCAAUCAAGACAUCUCAGCGUGGGACGUGUCGUCUGUCCUUUCUAUGGAACAAAUGUUCCGUUUCGCAGGCUCCUUCAAUCAGGAUCUUUGUGCAUGGGGCCCGCUCCUUGAUGCCAAUAUUGAUUUUGAAAACCAGGACGGGACUAUGUUUGGCGGCUCUAGCUGCCCUGAACAAUCCAAUCCAGACCUAUCUUCGAAUCCAGUAGGUCCCGUCUGCCGGCCUUGUCAGAUUUAG